AUGGCUUUAAGUGAACUUGAUGAAUCUGAAAAAUUCUGUUCAAUCGAGUGUCGUCGAUGUUGCCAAAUCUACAGGUUUAUCAGUGGGAAAAGGUUCGGCAAGGAAGAUCAAUGUACGAUUCUGAAAUCCGGUUCACAUUCAGUCGAGCUUACACAUGCUCCCACGCACUCAUCUCUCUUCGAGCCGAACUUAAAGGGCUCGGACAAGCUAAUUCAUUGGGAUCAAAUUACGAAAGAAGUCGAAUGUGUCCCAGACUCCUGGCAUGGAAUGACAUCACGAGCCGCCAAUACCAGUGAUCAAAACGCUGGAAAUGACAAUAGAUCGAUAUGGCUGCUCCUCUUCGUCCUGUUGGCCCUUUGCAUAGACUUCUCAGAAGAAUCCCAAAGACCAAGCUUACGUUCCAGGCCAAGACCACAGUACCGGCCACAGAGGAAACCACAGCAGAAGAGCAGACCACACCGGAACAGACCACGACCUCACGGAAGGCCAAAACCUCAUUACGGUCGUCCACCUAAACCAAGUUACGGACCUCCCCCUAAAGCCCCUGCUCCUAGCUACGGACCACCACCUAAGGCACCUUCCCCAAGCUACGGCCCGCCACCUAAAGCACCCUCCCCUAGCUACGGACCACCACCCAAGGCACCUUCCCCGAGCUACGGACCACCACCCAAAGCACCUGCUCAGGAUUACGGAGCACCUCCAAGUAAUGAAUACAGUGCACCAGAACCGUCAGGUUAUGGUCCUCCAAAAUCCUCAAGCAUUGUUUCUGGUGGAUAUGGAGCCUCUGAAGCCCCUAGUACGUCCUAUGGAGCCCCUGAAGAACCAAGUCCUUCUUACGGAGCCCCUGAGGCCCCUAGUCCCUCUUACGGUGCUCCUCAAGCUCCUAGUCCCUCCUAUGGAGCUCCUGAAGCUCCUAGUCCCUCCUAUGGAGCUCCUGAAGCUCCGAGCCCAUCUUAUGGGAGCCCGGAAGUUCCGAGUCCCACUUACGGUGCGCCAGCUCCAGCACCAAGUUAUAGCCCCCCUGCCCCUGCCCCGAGUUACAGUCCCCCAGCCCCUGCACAGAGUUACGGCGCACCAGCUCCUGAACCAGCACAAUCCUACUCGCCACCGGCACCCUCGCCUUCUUACUCACCGCCUGCUCCUGCCCCAUCACCUUCCUAUUCAGCUCCCGAACCAGCGCCCUCUCAGUCUUACUCGCCACCCGCCCCUUCGCCCUCUUACUCAGCCCCUUCGCCAGCCCCGUCGCCGUCCUAUUCUGCUCCACAACCAUCCCAGUCAUAUUCACCGCCAGCCCCUUCGCCUACUUACUCAGCCCCUUCGUCAGCCCCUUCGCCUUCUUACUCAGCCCCUUCGUCAGCCCCUUCGCCUUCUUACUCAGCCCCUUCGUCAGCCCCUUCGCCUUCUUACUCAGCCCCUUCGUCAGCCCCUUCGCCUUCUUACUCAGCACCUUCCCCUGCACCUGAGCCGUCACAGUCUUACCUCCCACCCUCGCCAGCACCUUCGCCCUCAUAUUCAGCACCGUCUCCAGCGCCUUCGCAAUCUUACUCACCUCCAGCUCCAGCAGCAUCUUACUCGCCUCCAGCUCCAGCAGCAUCUUACUCGCCUCCAGCUCCAGCAGCAUCUUACUCGCCUCCCUCACAGUCCUACUCUUCCCCCACAGAGCAGAGCUACAGGCCGCCUCCCUCUCCUCCUCUUCCUCUGGACUACGAUGCAGCCAUUCCUACUGAAAGUUAUUCGGAGCCAGAAGCCCCGUCUAAUAGCUAUGAAGCUCCAGCACCAGCUGCCCCAUCUGGCGGGUAUGGAGCUCCUCCAGCACCAGCUGCCCCAUCUGGCGGGUAUGGAGCUCCCCCAGCACCAGCUGCCCCAUCUGGCGGGUAUGGAGCCCCACCGGCACCAGCUGCCCCAUCUGGCGGGUAUGGAGCUCCCCCAGCACCAGCUGCCCCAUCUGGCGGGUAUGGAGCUCCCCCAGCACCAGCUGCCCCAUCUGGCGGGUAUGGAGCUCCUCCAGCACCAGCUGCCCCAUCUGGCGGGUAUGGAGCUCCCCCAGCAGCAGCUGCCCCAUCUGGCGGGUAUGGAGCUCCUCCAGCACCAGCUGCCCCAUCUGGCGGGUAUGGAGCUCCCCCAGCACCAGCUGCCCCAUCUGGCGGGUACGGAGCCCCACCUGCACCAGCUGCCCCAUCUAACAGCUAUGAAGCCCCUGCUCCAGCUGCCCCAUCUGGCGGGUACGGAGCCCCACCUGCACCAGCUGCCCCAUCUGGCGGGUAUGGAGCCCCAGCAGCACCAGCUGCCCCAUCUAACAGCUAUGAAGCCCCUGCUCCAGCUGCCCCAUCUGGCGGGUAUGGAGCACCACCUGCUCCAGCUGCCCCAUCUGGCGGGUAUGGAGCUCCUCCAGCACCAGCUGCCCCAUCUGGCGGGUAUGGAGCUCCUCCAGCACCAGCUGCCCCAUCUGGCGGGUAUGGAGCUCCUCCAGCACCAGCUGCCCCAUCUAACAGCUAUGAAGCCCCAGCUCCAGCUGCCCCAUCUGGCGGGUACGGAGCCCCACCUGCACCAGCUGCCCCAUCUGGCGGGUAUGAAGCCCCUGCUCCAGCUGCCCCAUCUGGCGGGUAUGGAGCCCCACCGGCACCAGCUGCCCCAUCUGGUGGGUAUGGAGCCCCUCCAGCACCAGCUGCCCCAUCUGGCGGCUAUGGAGCCCCUCCAGCACCAGCUGCCCCAUCUGGCGGGUAUGGAGCCCCUCCAGCAUCAGCUGCCCAAUCUAAUAGCUAUGAAGCCCCUGCUCCAGCUACCCCAUCUGGCGGGUACGUAGCACCACCGGCACCAGCUGCCCCAUCUGGCGGGUACGGAGCACCCCCGGCACCAGCUGCUCCAUCUGGCGGGUAUGGAGCCCCUCCAGCACCAGCUGCCCCAUCUGGCGGGUACGGAGCCCCACCGGCACCAGCUGCCCCAUCUGGCGGGUAUGGAGCUCCUCCAGCACCAGCUGCCCCAUCUAACAGCUAUGAAGCCCCUGCUCCAGCUGCCCCAUCUGGCGGGUAUGGAGCACCACCUGCUCCAGCUGCCCCAUCUGGCGGGUAUGGAGCUCCUCCAGCACCAGCUGCCCCAUCUAAUAGCUAUGAAGCCCCUGCUCCAGCUGCCCCAUCUGGCGGGUACGGAGCACCACCGGCACCAGCUGCCCCAUCUGGCGGGUAUGGAGCACCACCAGCACCAGCUGCCCCAUCUAAUAGCUAUGAAGCCCCUGCUCCAGCUGCCCCAUCUGGCGGGUAUGGAGCUCCACCAGCACCAGCUGCCCCAUCUGGCGGGUAUGGAGCACCACCUGCUCCAGCUGCCCCAUCUGGCGGGUAUGGAGCUCCACCAGCACCAGCUGCCCCAUCCGGCGGGUACGGAGCACCACCUUCUCCAGCUGCCCCAUCUGGCGGGUAUGGAGCUCCACCAGCACCAGCUGCCCCAUCUGGCGGGUACGGAGCACCCCCGGCACCAGCUGCCCCAUCUAGCGGGUAUGGAGCACCACCUGCUCCAGCUGCCCCAUCCGGCGGGUAUGGCGCCCCUUCAGCGCCAGCUCCAGCGACGCCAUCUGAUAGCUAUGGAACACCGAAUUCUUUCCCUUCCUCAGGUUUCUUUGGCAAUGAUUUCAAUUUCCCAUCUUUCGCUGAUUUGUUUGCUGAUGACCAAUGGGGUGAAAAAGUCCAAAAUUAAAAACAUUUCAGGUUUCUUUUCAGGCAUCUAAAGCAUGUUUUUUUUUUUCACAUCAAUUAUGUAUUCACGAUGUUUUUUGUUUUUUUAUUUUUAUUUUUUAUUUUUUGGAUGUCCAGAAGAAUUUGAAUCUAAAAAAAUAUGAAUUAUCUUUAUUACGAUAGUCUAGCCUAAUAAGAAGUUUUCCAGGGAGGGCAGAGAAUCAUAUAGAUGGAUGUAUAUAACAUGAUUUUGUACAAAACAAAUAUUCCUUUUUCCAUGUCUAUUUCUUUUCUUUUUUCAACCUCUUCGUUGAAUCAUUUGGCUACAUUCAUAAAUCAUAAAUUACAGAUUUUCGACUCUACCCACUGUCAGUUAUAUUAUUGUUUUCAAAUGACAGAGCUUUACCAUGUGCAAGUUCUACCUGUAUGCUGCAUUAUCUAAUUGUUGAUCGAUGUAACCCGUGUUGAAGGGCAGAAGAAGAAUGUAUAGCAUAAUGGUACUACAAUUGGUCUUAGCAUCUGGAUAAGUAUGUGGAAUUAGUUAAACUACUAUAUACACUUUCUUACAAACUUGAAUGUCACACACAAUGUAUCAGUUACUGGAAUGGAUAUCAGACGAGAUAUCAGUUAUCAAUAGAUGUUCUAGUUCCUCCAGUAAACUAAGAUGAAAGAGCAUUGUCAUAAUGGAUUCCUUGUUUCCCUGGCGUUAUACCUGUCCAAAUAAUACAGUGUUAAUUGGAAAGGUCAUGGUGACAAGUGAUUUCCUAAGACUGUUUGCUUUAUUUGGCAAUAAUUGCCUGUUCAACGGGUGUAUAUACAUAUAUAUUUAUGUGUAUUUCUCAAACAACCAUUGUGCGGCUGUCGUUAGUGAGUGACAGAAAUGAAAUCAGUGAAAGGGGCCAAAACUCUAAAAAGCUGUUCCUUGUUGUUCUGUUGCGUAUAUGCUUUCUGCUGUUUUCUAUAUGUACUGUAAAUGUCACAUGUUUCUUUGUUAAAUGUAGACUGCACUCACAGAGGUCUUCGAUGAUUGUGCUUUAGAGCUGAUGUAUAUACUUCCUGGUCUUGGUUAUGUAGUCUACAGUUGUUUCUUUAAUAAAGAUAUAUAUGUA